CUCCUCAUUUAGUCUAUCGCAUACAACGCAACUGCUCUGGUCCUCUCACAGACCACCUCCUCCUCCGUCUUCAUUUGGAUCUCCGAGCUCCGGCAGCUCCUCUGACUCUCCGAUACCAGAGCCUCGCCGCUGUCCGACUGAUUCUUGACCGAAAUGGCUGGAGGAGCGAUCCACCAGUUAUUGAGAAGGAAACUUCAUCUUCAAUCUACGGCCCCGUCCUUUUUGUCAUCCCUAGUAUCUAAGAAAGAUGAUGCUGGGUCUGCUGGGACAAGGUCCCUCAGAGCACUUGCACUGCUUGGAGCAGGUGUUUCGGGACUAUUGGGAUUUGCAACUGUUGCAUCUGCUGAUGAGGCCGAGCAUGGAUUGGAGUGCCCAAACUACCCAUGGCCUCAUGAAGGAAUCCUUAGCUCAUACGAUCAUGCUUCGAUUCGCCGUGGUCAUCAGGUCUACACACAAGUCUGUGCAUCCUGCCAUUCCAUGUCUUUGAUAUCUUACCGUGACUUGGUUGGUGUUGCAUAUACCGAAGAGGAGACGAAGGCUAUGGCUGCUGAGAUUGAAGUAACUGAUGGCCCUAAUGAUGAGGGUGAGAUGUUCACUCGCCCUGGUAAACUCAGUGACCGAUUCCCUCAGCCAUAUGCAAAUGAGCAGGCAGCUAGGUUUGCCAAUGGCGGGGCAUAUCCUCCAGAUCUCAGUCUUAUCACAAAGGCUCGUCACAAUGGUCAGAACUACGUAUUUGCCCUUCUCACAGGUUACCGUGAUCCUCCAGCUGGUGUUCAGAUCAGAGAGGGUCUGCACUACAAUCCUUACUUUCCUGGAGGAGCAAUUGCCAUGCCUAAAAUGCUUAAUGAUGGUGCCGUUGAGUAUGAAGAUGGUGUUCCUGCUACUGAGGCUCAGAUGGGAAAAGAUAUUGUGUCGUUCUUGUCGUGGGCUGCAGAACCAGAAAUGGAAGAGAGAAAACUGAUGGGAUUCAAAUGGAUUUUUGUUCUCUCACUGGCGCUACUUCAAGCUGCUUAUUACCGACGAUUGAAGUGGUCAGUUCUGAAGUCCCGCAAGCUGGUUCUGGAUGUUGUGAACUAGCCGCCACCAUGUGACCUUGGUUUCAAUCCAAUAUUUUGCUUCUGAGAAGACAGUCUGGAAAUAAUUUUUUUUCUUACAAUGUAAUCAAAGUUUUGUUUCCAUGUCAAAUUGGCUCGAAACAGUAAUUCGUAAUGGAGUGACCAUAGGAGUGUCAUUUUAAGA